AUGGGUACAGCCAUGUCACUGGAGUUGGAUGCUGGCAUGGAAGAAGCGCUUGACCGCUACGAGAAGGACAUCCUCUUCCAAAUUUCCACUCUUUCCAUUACCGCUAAAGAGGAGGAAGAAGACCCAGCCACCGACUCCGACUUUGAGCAGUCCCCCAAGUGUGUCUGCUGUCAAGACCGAUAUCCACGAAGCGAGACAAUUCAAGCCCGAUGCCGUCAUUUUUAUUGCAGCACUUGCGUGACUGCGUUAUUUGAAGGAGCUCUACGGGACGAGUCUUUAUGCCCUCCUCAAUGCUGCACCACGCCAAUAACACUGGAAGAUGCCGAAGAGUUCAUAGACCACAAGCUGGCUACGAAGUAUAGAAAACGUGUGGUUGAACUACUUGAUCCGGACAGGACCUAUUGUUCAGAGCCGACCUGUUCUCGAUAUAUCCCCCAAAAGAGCACAAGAUCACACCGCGUGGUCUGCCAAUGCAAAUGUGGGGUUCAAACAUGCAGAAAAUGCAAACAGAAGGCCCACGGCGAGUUAGGUGAUUGUGUCCGCCACUUUGACAGCUUGUUGGAAAAUCUAGCGAAAGUCAAAGGGUGGAAAAGAUGUCCAAACUGCUCUCGUUUGACUGAGCUUUCUUUGGGCUGCUUUCACAUCAGGUGUAUCUGUGACUUCGAAUGGUGCUACUCCUGUGGCAAAGAGUGGGGAUCUUGCGAAUGCGUGCUCUGGGAAGAAUACUACCUGUUAGACCACGAGUAA